AUGGAUGGAAUUACUGCUGAAAAGGUCGGCGAGCCUUUCAGAGUGGCCAGUGAUCUGCCUGUGUUCAAGCCCGGUCCCGAUCAGAUACUAGUCAAGUCAAUCUACACGGCCAUCAACCCAGUGGACCAUAUGAUGCGAACGAUGGGAGUCUUGGUCCGCGACUGGCCUCUUGUUCCCGGAGUUGAUGCCGCCGGUGUUGUGGUCGAGGUUGGAAGUAAUAUCGCAGGCAAAUUUAAAAUCGGAGAUCAUGUCUGCGGGUGCACUCGUCUCGGGACUCCAGGACAUGGUACCUGUCAGCAAUACUUUCUGAUGGAUGCAAAUGUCACCAUUCCUAAACCCAAGAAUCUAAGCCUUCUAGAAGCUGCAACGGUUGGCGUGGGCUUGGAGACAGCCGCACUCGCUUUGUUUGAUUGCCUUGACGUCAAAGUUCCUACACUCCAAGAAGUUCUAGACGAGAAAGAGCAAAAGCUUGAGGAGGACGAAUGGGCCGUUGUCCUCGGAGGGUCUACUAGCGUUGGCAAGUUUGCAAUCCAGUUGUUCCGUAUUUGCGGAUAUAAAGUCCUUGCAUCCUGCUCUGCGGGUUCUGCUGAACUUGUUAAGAAACUGGGGGCAGAGGUCGCUUUUAACUAUAAAGAAGCUAUUUCUGAGCAAGUGAAGACUGUAUUGGGUUUCACCAAAGGCAAAAUACACCGGGUCUUUGAUGCUGCUGCCACCGGAGACGCCUUUGCAAAGGCCCUUUUCAAAGAGCUCCCCCAGGGCCCAAAGCUCUUUUCGUCCACAAACACCUGGAGCGGAAUAUCCGAUUUUGAGGGCGGAAAAACUCGAAUCGUGGAAGCCGGUGCUCUAGGAAAUCCAGACGGCGAGCGUAUCAAUAAGCUGAUUGAGGGUUGGAUUCCAGUCCUAGUCGCUUUAUUCGAAAAGGGAAAGCUUCAACCUAGUCCAUACGACUUGAUCGGAGAGGGCGGCUUUGAAUCUGUCCUGCAAGCAUUGGAUUAUCAGAGCAAAGGUGCCGGAGGGCCGAACAAAGUUGUCGUCAAAGUCCAAAACGAGUAA